AUGGCCCAGCCAUCAGGAAAGAUCCUCGAGGGUGUCUUUGCCAUCAGCAAGCCUCCAAGCAUCUCUUCUGCCCAAGUCCUUCGAGAUCUGCAGCACAAAUUUGCGGAGUCCAAGACGUUUGCACCCUUACUUAACCGGACAAGAAAAGCCCAGGAAGAACAAGAGCGGCAUCAACCAAAGCGCCGCAAAAGGAGCAAUGAUCAGAUAUUCAAAAUGGGCCAUGGAGGCACACUGGACCCACUGGCAACAGGUGUCUUGAUUGUUGGAAUUGGUAGAGGGUCCAAGUCACUCUCUGACUUCCUUGCCUGCAAGAAGACCUAUGAGACGGUUGUUUUAUUUGGGAAAAGCACCGACACAUACGAUGUCAUGGGGAAAGUAGUGGCAGAGGCUUCGACCGAAGGCAUUACCCAGAAGCUUGUCGAAGACAGAUUGGCGCAGUUCCGGGGCAAGAUGAAGCAAAUCCCGCCGAUUUACAGCGCAAUCAAGAUUGAUGGCAUGAAGCUGUACGAAUAUGCUCGAAGCGGCAGGGAGUUACCCAGAGAGUUAGAAAGUCGGGAUAUUGAGAUCUCCGACUGCACAUUGCUUGAAUUCUAUGGCUCUGGAGAGCAUGACUUCAGGUGGCCAGCAGAGCAAGCGAGCGACGAAGACAAAGCUGUGGCUCGAAAGCUGAUGCCCGGUGCUGAGUCCACCAAGAGGUUCAUGGAGCAAGAAGCGGCAGCCACCAGUCCCAAAAGCCCUCCUCAUGAGAGGUUCCGAGAACAGCGCGAAAGCAACCAUCUUCCCCCUGCCAAAAAGGCCGAACUGCAUACCCACUAUCUCCCGAUACAGGAGGCUCAACCUGCCAAUGCCCCGGCGGCCCGAAUACGUCUGACUGUGAGUAGUGGUUUCUACGUGCGUUCAUUUGCACAUGACCUCGGUGUCGCUUGCAGCUCCUAUGGGACGAUGGCUGCCUUGGUUCGAAGCAAACAAGGCGACUACACCAAUAUCGACCCUACUCCAGAGGGCCUCGUUCCUGCACUCACAUACGACGAUCUGGAAGCUGGGGAGGAUAUAUGGGGUCCGAAAAUCGCUGACGUACUGACUAAAUGGGUGGAUUCUCAUCCAGCCGCUUCCAACGAGAAUAGGACUGAUAAUCGAGAUCGAUCAGAUAGAGAUUAUCGUCACAAGGGGUUCAAGAAUAGUCGGUGGAGAGAAACCGGCUCGAAGAGGACUUGGACCGGUCCGAGAGGUUGGGAAGGUUCAAAUCGACCCCGGCGGCGCAACAGCUCGUCACCUGAGACUUGA